UUAGCAAAACUUUCAUGACUGACCUUCCCUUUCUGUUUCCCAUUUCUUUAAAUGCUAUGAUAAUCAUCAAACUCUAGCUAAUGAUAUUUUUUGUUCUUGUCCUUGCAUUCAUUUUACCACCACCGCAUGCUCUUUGCUGCUUCUAGUUAGUGUCAUUAUUUCAAGUUCUUAAGUACUAGAAAGGCAUAUGCUACUACACAUUAUAGAACGCUCCCCUUAUUUAAUGAACUCACACCCUUUCAACUCCAAUAAGAACUUGUAACUCUCAAAACAAAAAGAAGGUGGCAAACGAAAAGGCUUCUUUGAUACUAAAAAAAUAGGGACACCCAGAUGCUUUGUACGAUGGAAAUGUCUGUUCUUGGCGUUUUAAUGGCGGUUUUCAUUUCCUUUUUUUGUUUCUGUCAAAUGGGUUUUUCUCAAAGUGAAGCUUAUGUAAAGGGUUUUAUUAGUUGGGAUGAUAUGAAAGUGGAUGGAGAAGAUAGAGCACGAUUGAGUUAUAGAGAUAGUUAUAAUAGAAGCAGAAUCAUUGUUGUUGACAAAAAUGGUGGAGGUGAUUCAUUAACUGUUCAAGGUGCUAUAGACAUGGUGCCUGAAUAUAACACACAAAGAGUGAAAAUUUACAUUCUUCCAGGAAUUUACAGAGAGAAAGUUCAUAUACCAAGUAGCAAGCCAUAUAUUUCCUUCAUUGGAAAUGAAAACCAAAUUUCUGAUACAAUAAUUUCUUGGAACAACAAAGCUUCUGAUAUAGAUAGCAAUGGAGUUGCACUGGGAACCUAUAGAUCAGCAUCAGUGGCUAUAGAAUCUGAUUACUUUUGUGCCACUGGAAUCACUUUUGAGAAUACAGUAGUAGCAGUACCUGGAGGAUAUGGAAUGCAGGCAGUAGCAUUAAGGGUUUCUGGUGACAAGGCAUUUUUUUAUAGGGUUAAAAUAUUGGGGACACAGGACACCCUAUUGGAUGAGACUGGUUCACAUUACUUCUAUCAAUGUCACAUUCAAGGAAGUGUUGAUUUCAUAUUUGGUAGAGGAAAAUCACUCUUUGAGGAUUGUGUACUUCAAUCAAUUGCUAGAAGAUCAGGUGCAAUUGCAGCUCACCAUAGGGACUUCCCGGAUGAUGAUUCGGGUUUCUCCUUCGUAAACUGUGUUAUCAAUGGAACUGGAAAAAUUCUUCUGGGAAGAGCUUGGGGAAACUAUUCAAGAGCAAUAUAUUCAUACUGUUAUAUAGAUAAUAUUAUAACUCCUUCAGGAUGGAGUGAUUGGAACUAUCCAGACAGGCAAAAGACUGUGGUUUUUGGGGAAUACAUGUGCAGUGGAAGAGGAGCAGAUACAAGAGGUAGAGUUCCAUGGUCAAAGACUUUCACUUACGAGGAAGUAAGGCCGUUCUUGGAUAUGCAAUUCAUAAAUGGACAUCAAUGGCUCAGACUAUAGUUUUUAUUUAUACAUGUGUGUGUGUAUGUAUAUAGUUUUCUUCCCUGUUAAACAAGAUAGUCAAUUUAUUAUUCUUUUCUAAUUCUAUAACAUGCACAGGAGCAAAACAUUGCAAUGAGUUAUAUAUGUAA